GCAUGAGGCGGGGCUUGGGCGGUUGCUCCCGGGGCCGCGCUUCCGGGUGCGAGGAAGCCAUGGCCCUCCCCUGCCUACAGCGCAUCGAGCUAGUGCUCUAUGCCGCCGCCUUCCUUUGUGGAGCCUUGGCGGCUGCGACACUAACCCGGACCCAGGCCUCCUUUAGUGGCAGCUGUCCCCUGUAUGGUGUGGCCACCCUGAACCAUUCCUCCCUGGCCUUAUCCGGAGGCUCAGCCCCCUCCCUCUGCUACUUUGUGGCUGGGGCCUCUGGCCUCCUGGCCCUCUGCUGCCUCCUGCUUCUACUCUUCUGGGUCUACAGCAGCUGCAUUGAGGACUCCCAAAGAGGCCCACUGGGGCUCCGCAUCGCACUGGCCCUCUCAACUAUAGCCAUCUUCCUGGUCUUAGUGUCUGCCUGUGUCCUUCAAUUUGGCACCAGUGCUCUCUGCAACUCCAUCCUCUCUCAGAAUACUACAAUUAGCUGCUCAGAAGCCCAGAAAAUUCCAUGGACACCCCCUGGAACCGCUCUGCAUUUUUACUCCAACCUACACAAUGCCGAAAACUCUUCUUGGGUGCAUCUGGUAUUGUGGUGUGUGGUCUUGGUGCUCCAGAUCAUGCAGUUGAAAUCUGAAACCAUCCCAUUCCGGCCUCUGGAGAGGGGGGAUCCUGAGUGGAGCUCUGUAACAGAUGUUCUGGUCAGGCCACGCCUUUCCCACCCCUGAAGCAUAAUGAGACUGCUUCCUGCAGCCUAUUUCUCCAUGCCCAAGUGCCUGCGAUCCUCUUGCCCCGACUUGGCCCAGCUGUUUAUGCUGGGAGCCUCAGUUUUCCCUCCAAGAGGGAAAGUUGAUGAUAGGCCCCCUCCAUCGCCCUUCUAACAGCUGUUGUUAUACCAAUAUAUGAUAUUAUUUUUUCCCUUCA